UCUCUCUCUCUCGGAAGUGGAGGAGAAAAGGACGCGAGUGCCGCAACUCCCGUCGAUGGCGAAACGCCUCGCCGCCCCGUUUCUUCUUGCCUUACUCUUACUCCUGGCUGCCUCAUCGCCGUCGAUCGCGGCGGCGAAGGCCGGGAUCAAAGACGACGUCUCGUGCACAAUGUGCUCCUCCUGCGACAACCCCUGCGAGCCACCCCCCUCCCCUCCGCCGCAACCCCCAUCCUCCUCCGCCGAAUGCCCUCCGCCGCCGUCAUCAUCGGGCGGGAUCCCCUACUACUCUCCUCCGCCGCCGUCAUCCUCUGGUGGGAUCCCCUACUACUCCCCUCCCCCUCCUGCGUCCAGUGGCGGCGGAGGCUUGCACUACUACCCUCCGCCGUCCAACAUAUACUACCCGGCGCCUCCGCCGCCGAACCCCUUCUUGCCCUACUUCCCGUUCUACUAUUAUAGCCCUCCCCCUCCCUCGAAAUACCACUCGGGGUCUCUUAGCUUGAAGCCUCUUUCCUCCAUUCCCCUCCUCCUCCUCCUCCUCCUCUUCUUCUUCUGAGCUCUUUGAUCAUAGAUCGAGAUCAAGAAGAUGGAGGGCUGGGGAAUUUCCCGAAGAUUCCCGAAUUGGGCUCUUGGGCGUUCCCGAAUGCCCCUCUCUCUGCUCCAACAAGAAGCGGCGGCGGCACCACGAAGACAGACUCUUCUUCGGAUCUCCGUUUGUAGCUCUCCAUCUCCGUUAAUUUUUACUUCUACGUAAUUUUUG